AACAAUUUCCCAAGUGGGUUUUCUGAGUCGAUUAAAGUUCUUGAAAAAUUACGAUCAUUGAGUUUGUGGGAAGAUUGAUUCUUGAGGUUUCUAGGUUAAUUUAAGCGGAAGGACGCAAUGGAUCCGUGUCCUUACGUGCGAAUAGUCGUCGGAAGUUUAGGGUUGAAGUUCGUAGGCGGUAGCGCUGCUGCUACUCCACCGUCGACAUGUUACUGCAAGAUUAAACUCAAGAACUUCCCUACCCAGUUUGCAGAAAUCACUUCUUAUGCCGAUGGUGACGUACAUCAAGUGAACGAUCGAAUUCAAGGUUGCUUCAAUUUGAAGAAAUCGGAGUUUGAUAAGCUUGUUGAAAAAUCUAGUGGGAUGAAGAUUGAGGUUUAUUCGGGUCGGAAGGGUAAUCCGAUUUGUGGGUUUGGGUCUGGUAAGCUUCUAGGGGUUGUGACGGUGGGUUUGGAUUCGGAGACGGUGGAUGGUGGUGGUGGUGGUGGUAGCAGGGGAUGUAUGGUGGUUCGAAACGGGUGGGUGGGGAUCGGUGACCGGAGUUCUAAAAACUUGGUUCAGUUGCAUUUGAGUAUUCGUGUGGAGCGUGACCCCAGAUUCGUUUUCGAGUUUGACGGUGAACCCGAGUGUAGCCCGCAAGUAUUCCAAGUCAACGGGAAUGUUCGGCAAGCUGUUUUUACUUGCAAAUUCAGUUUCAGAAAUUCCAGGGACCAGAAUUUAAGAUCCGAAGGCUGGUUAAGAUCAAUAAGAUGUGAUAAAGAAAAGCCAGUGAAAGAGCGAAAAGGAUGGUCAAUUACAAUCCAUGAUCUCUCUGGUUCGCCGGUGGCCAUGGCGUCAAUGGUGACUCCAUUUGUCCCUUCUCACGGAACAGACAGUGUCAGCCAGUCGAACCCCGGUGCCUGGCUCAUCCUUAGACCUGGUCACAGCACCUGGAAGCCAUGGGGCCGCCUGGAGGCCUGGAGGGAGUCCAAAGGCAAGGACCACCUCGGUUACCGGUUCGAGCUCUUACCGGACGCCGCCGUAAGUGGGCUAGAUCCGGUCACUUUAUCGAACUCCACCAUCAACUGCAAAAUCGGGGGGAAAUUCACUAUAGACAUGAGUAACGGAGCGUCACCGAUGUCCACCCCAAAUGGAAGCUUCGACUCCGGAUCGGGUUCUGGAUCCGACUUCGAGUUCGGGUCAUGGGCCCAUUUGAUGUACCAAGGCUUUGUAAUGUCAUCAUCGGUGGCCGGCGGAAGGAAGCCAGAGGUGGAGGUUGGGGUUCAGCACGUGACAUGCACAGAGGACGCGGCUGCUUUCGUUGCGUUGGCGGCGGCGUUGGAUUUGAGUGUGGACGCUUGCCAGCCGUUCUCUAGGAAGCUCCGACAGGAGUUGAGGGUUGACGGCGAAUAGUGGAUUUUUAUUAUUUGUUUUUGCCGCUUUUGAAUAUUCUAGAAGAGAUUGUACAGACGCAUUCACGACUGCUUUUUUCUGAAUGUUUGGUUGAAGUUUGGGAAGAUUUGAAAAUGAAUGUUUUGUUUCUCGUA